UAUGAAGCGCUCGAGAGUAUACGAGCCGCGCGCCGCUUCGCAGAGCUUUUUAUAUAUCAUACGGCCGAGAGAAGACAUGCCGCCAACGCCAAGGCGGUAGUUUGUACUUGCGCGCCGCGUUGCACACUAGGCACUGUGCGCCGCACACCACGCACGAGACACACGCGGAAAAGUUCCUCGAUCGUCUCGGUCUUGUCUUGUCAAAACAAAAUCUGCAUUUACGAGCCAUUGUGUGCGUCGACGCGGAUAAAGAUCGCGAAAAGCAUAUUUACCGUAAAUUAUAUUUUGUUAUUUAGAGGCGAUCGGAGUUCAAUUAGCCGUGCUAGCUAAUGAGCUGGACACGGAUAAUGGACGGAUUUGUAAGCGAAUAAAGAAUGAACUCUGAUUCCGAGUGACUGAUAGUAUAUAAAAGACUCUCUGCGCCACGAUACUUACUGUGGGAAAAGACGAGGAGUCAAAAACACACACAUAUACACACGAUACACACGAUCGAGAAUGAUCGUAAGAGAAUCAUCGAGCUUGCUGCUGUUGUUGGUGCUGUCGUUGCUGCUGCUGCAGCAGCGAGUCGUUGCCGCCGCUACCGCCGAUGCAGACGAUAAUAAUAAAUCGACACUGCGCCUCUCCGCCGCUGACAAGAAUCACGAUGGAAGCGAUCAUAAAUUGGCGAAACGAGUGGUGAACUGGGCCACUUGGCAGCAGCAUCAUGCGGCCUCCAGCACCCAACCCCCCGUGUACUAUCCCGAGUAUCCACCUCUGGGUACUCCUCCACCGUCCGCUCCAGCCUCCAAAUGGGAACUGUCGAGAGGUCAGAAUCAGUACGGCAGCCACGAUCGUAAGGUAAACGAGGAAUGGUACGAGGGCGUGUCGAACGACAGCAAGAAGCCGCGCAAAGAGGAGCCGACUCCGCAGGGUCAGGCGCGGUCGGAUCGCGUCGCCCUGUACGACCCAGUGCUCGGCGUCAAAUGUCCGCGCACCGACUCCACGGGCGUCUUCGUCUAUCCGCUCGACUGUCGCUUUUACGUGAACUGCUGGAACGGCCGGGCCGUGGUCGAGCCGUGCGCCCCGGGCACUCUGUUCAGCCCGGACGAUCUCGAGUGCGACUUCCCGAACAAGGUCAAGUGCCUGUCGAGCUCGGAGCUGGGCAUCGAUGUAAGCGACUUUGGCGAGGCUCAGCAGCAGCAGGCCUCCGGCAGUGCGGGUGGUAGCGACGACGUCGACAGGAGGGACAGCCACGACCAAAAGCCGAAAUGUCCACCUGGUUUGACCGGACUUAUGGCCCAUCCCACGGAAUGCACGAAAUUCCUGCAGUGCGUCAACUCGAACACGUACGUCGUCGACUGCGCACCUGGUACCGCGUUCAAUCCCUUGCUGGGUGUUUGCGAUUAUCCGAAAAACGUCAAGGGCUGCGAAGGCGUUUCCGAAGCGGGAGUUUCCGUGGCGGGAGUUGUCGAGCACAGCGCCGGCAGACAGCCUGCCGAUUCCGAGUACGCCGAGACGUCGCACAACGUGACGCCGAGUCCCCGCGUCGUGGCCACGACUCCGCGCGCCCCUCGCAAAAUCAACUGCCCGCCCGGCUUCAGCGGCCUCCUGCCCGAUCCGGACUCCUGCACCAAGUUCCUACAAUGCGCCAAUGGCAACACCUACAGGAUGGACUGCGGCCCCGGCACCGUCUUCAAUCCCAUCUCCAGCGUCUGCGACUGGCCCUACAACGUGCCCGAUUGCAGCAAUGAAUAUAAAAAACCCAGCGUAGAUCGUCAGGAUGAGAACGAGGAGGAGGACGAGGAGUCUGAGUGGAAAGGAGCUCCUCCCCCGCGUCAUCCGUACACCGGUCCAGCCACGCUCCCGACGGUCAUCAAUUAUUACGACAAACCCGAGAAUCGCAAAGAGCCGCUGAGCAGGCCUGUCAUUCCUCAUCAGCAGCCCUAUCCAAGCGGUCCGGGAUUCCCCAGUCAGAUCAACGACGACGAGUUCGCGACGUCCCUGCCGAUCGAGUACGGAUCGCAUCAUCAUCAGCACAAUCAUCGUUAUCAGCCCGGUGGCUCGCACUUCCGCUUUCCCGACUCGGACGCGGAGGAAUCGGCCAAUGGCGCGAAUACCCAGGGACCGUACACCGACAUCGAUCAAAGGCACGCAAGGAAAAAGGAUGAUCAGCCAGCAGCAGUUCAACAACCUGAGAGCCCUCAUUAUGGAAAUCAGAAAUUCCCACAGCUGGGAUACGAGAAUUUUUAUCCCAAUCACCGCUACGCCCAGCAACAGCCGCAGCAGCCGCAGCAGCAGUACGCUUAUCUGAAUCGGGGCUCGCAACCGGGCUACGAAAACUUCCCCGUGCCCGUGGUCAACGUCAGACCCGGCGUAACCCAGCCGACCACUCAUCGUAUUCACGGCCAAAGCCCCGUGAACGGCCACGCUUACCCGCACGACUACAAUCCGGUCCAAUAUCCUCCCAAGGGCUCGUCGUCUUCGUACGAGUCCUCGAGCGAGGAAAACGACGGUGGCUCGCCGGCGCUGAACACCGGUCGAGCUUGGGCCGAGCCUCCCUCGCGAACCGCCAAUAAUGCGCAACUCGUGCGCCCGAUAUCGUCGCCGAUCAUCAUCGAUCGGCGCAACUACAGCAGGAACAACGACAGGUGGAGCGCGCCCGAGCCACCCGCGAGCGCCCCCGUGUCCAACAGUUGGCGCGGCAUGGGCCGAGGUUUCGAGGAGAGACCGGGACGCAUGCGUCCGUAUAAUCAAGGACCGAAUCACGUAAAUCCUUACGACAAACCGUACGAGAGACCGCCGAGUCCAAACAUACAGAAUGCGAACAAUAAUUACCAGUCCUGGUCGUCCGUGCUGAGAUACGUGACGACCACGACGACGCCCAGGCCCAUAGUUACCCAAGGUCAUCAUCAUCAUCAGCAAGUCGGGACGAGGGGACGCUUCGUGCCCUCGCGAGAUCUGAUCAUCGAUCAGGGUCACUCGAGAACGAGGCAACAAAUAGCCUCGUCCGGCCCGGGAGGCAGAGUCCCGAGCGUCAUUGGCGUGGCGACGACCACGACCACGACGACUCCGAGACCGACUACGCAGUCGUUGACAACGACGACGGAAAAGAGUACCACCGCUGCGAGCCCAUCCACUUGGAAACCAGACAUGGUUUUUCCCAAAGACGACGAGCAACCGUCCCCGUUCGCAAACGUGUUCGACUCGUACGACAGAAACAAAGCCUUCGUCUACAAUCCGUCCAAGCUGAGCCCCGACAAUGUGCCGACCGUCUCGAUCGAGCUCGAGGAGGACUGGAAUCCGCUGGCCGCGAUACUGCCGAUGAAGAAGAAGCCCAGCGUUAACGCGCAGCCUAUUCUAGAGCUCACCACGGAAAUAUCAGCCAUCAAAUGGAUACCCGACAAAGACAGCAGCAACGAAAACGCACCGGCGGCGGAGAAUAAAGACGACAAAUCGGUUGUAAUGAAAAUUAAUAACCAAGAUCCGAACUAUUUGUUGGAUGUCGAAUUGGAGUCGUUCAUCAAUGAGGAACCGCCCUUCCCCGUUCAUUACUCUCCACCGGUGAUUUCGGCCUCGCAAGUCACUCCGGACUCGCCCAUGCCCGGCCAAAUGACACCCAUCUCGGGCCAAGUGGUGAGACUCCGCGGCGGCAAGGACCCCUCGGAGGGCUACGUCGAGGUCCAGGGCGCCAAACCGGGCUGGGGCGUCGUCUGCGACUCUCAGGACGCCUGGAGCCAGAGGGAGGCCGACGUCGUCUGCCGACAGCUCGGCUAUCAGCGCGGCGCCGCCUACGUCUGGCAGGGCAGACCCUCGAACGUGCCCGGGGCCAGCUGGAUAGCCGCGAGCUCGGUCGCGUGCAACGGCACCGAGGCCAAAUUCCAGAACUGCUUGUUCCGCCACGAGGCCGACAGCUGCGAGAUCGAGCGCGACGCCAUCGGCGUGCGCUGCUUUCCCAACCGACAGGCCCACUGUCGAGCCGACGAGCGGGCCCACAACGGCCAGUGCUACCACGUCGCGGAUGCGUCCAAGGCCCUGAGCCACGACGAGGCGCACGACUACUGUCACGCGCGCGGCUCGCGCCUCCUAGACUUGGUCGACCAGGCCGAGAACGACUUCGUGUCGGAGCUGCUGGCGCAGACCAAGCCGAUGGUCGACUCGGUCAUGACCUCGGGCAUGGGCUUCAAGACCCUCAAUCGCACCAUCUGGAUGUGGGAGGACAGCAGCGCCGCCAAAUUCAAAUACACCAAGUGGUGGCCCGGCUGGCUGGAGGACAGGAGGGUCGUGCCCGUGGCCGGCGCUCGGCCCGUCUGCAUCGUCAUGACGCGCAAGUUCCCCUGCCACGACAGGCCCGACAACAAGUGCAAGGCCGACUACUUCUUCUGGGAGGUGGAGGACUGCGCCGCCUCGAACAAGGGCCACGCGUUCGUCUGCGAGCGGGCCUACGACGACAUCGGCUGCCUCUACGGCAACGGGCAUCAUUACACGGGCAACGCCAGCGUCACGAUGGAGGGUCGCGAGUGCCUGUCCUGGGGAGAUCCGAUGGUGGCUGGGCCACUUUUGACCAAAGUAGCUAGUCGCGAGGUGAGGGACAGCUUGAAAUCUCACAAUCACUGCCGAAAUCCAAAUCCCGGCAAGGAGGCCCGACCCUGGUGCUUCACCGGACCCCGCGGAGAGUUCGAGUACUGCGACAUACCGUACUGCGGCAAAUCGAUCGCGAAGAAGUCCCACCUGACCGGCAACUGCAAGCCCAAGCACUUCGAGUGCUCGCCCGGCGAGUGCAUACCGUCGCCCUGGGUCUGCGACGGCGAGGAGGACUGCUCCAACGGCAUCGACGAGCGCAAGUGCUCGAGCCACCUGAAUUUCUUCAAGAAGCAUCCGCGCCAACGACUCGACGGCUACGAGAUCGAGAAGUGGCUCAAUACGCCCGUCAAGACUUGCGCUCUGCGCUGCAAGGAGGCCGACUUCACCUGCAGAUCCUUCACCCACGAAGCCAAGGGCAACGUCUGCUAUUUGUCGGACAGCAACGUCGGCACGACCGGGGCCCUCGUCCCAAGCCCCGAGCACGACUACUACGAGAUGAAGGACCGCUCGAUCGACUGCGAGAACAUGUUCGUCUGCGCCAAUCAGAAGUGCGUGAAUCGGAGCACGGUGUGCGACGGCAGGAACGACUGCGGCGACCGGUCCGACGAGAAGAUCUGCACGGCCGAGAAUCUCGGCUACGAGAUCAGACUGGCGGGCGUGGCCGACUCCAAGCACGAGGGCCGAGUCGAGGUCAAGGUGCUGGGCAAGUGGGGCCAGGUCUGCGACGACGGCUUCACCAUCAAGGCCGCCCACGUCGUCUGUCGGGAGCUCGGCUUUCAGCUCGGCGCCGUGGAGGUGCGCCCUGGAAGUUUCUACGGCAACAUGAAUCCGCCGGACUCCUUCAUGGUCGAUCAGCUGAGGUGCAAGGGCAACGAAAGCUCGCUCAGGGAGUGCGACAACGAGGGCUGGGGAAAGCACAAUUGCCGUGCCGAGGAGGCGGUCGGCGUCGUCUGCAAGACCAGCAGCGACGUCUGCCAGGAGGGCCAGUGGAAGUGCGACUCGUCGCCCAUGUGCAUACCCACGCCGUUCAUCUGCGACGAGGUGAAGGACUGCCCGGACGGCUCGGACGAGAGCGCCGCGCACUGCGAGGCGCCCUUCGAGCUGCGCCUGGCCAACGGCAGCAGCCCGAUGGAGGGCCGCGUCGAGAUACGCCACCACGGCAUCUGGGGCACGGUCUGCGACGACGACUUCACCAACGUCACCGCCAGCGUCAUCUGUCGCUCGCUCGGCUACGGCGGCCCAGCCAUGGUCAAGAAGGACGGCUACUUCGGUCCGGGUCAAGGACCCAUCUGGCUCGACGAGGUGAACUGCAUCGGCAACGAGACGCAACUGUAUCGCUGCGAGCACGACCACUGGGGCAGGCACAACUGCGCCCACAACGAGGACGCCGGGGUCGUGUGCAGCGCCGGCACGCUGCCAGCCGAUUACGAGUGGGUGAACGUGCGCGGCAAGAGACCGACAGCUCGUCAGCGGCCGCUGCACUUCAACAUCGACGACGUCCUGCCGAGCGACUGCGGUAAACGCGCCGAGGACUUCAAAGACGAGGACGAUCUCGUCUCGUCGCGGGUCGUGCGCAGUUCGAUCGCGCCGCCCGGCUCUUAUCCCUGGCAGGCGAGCAUACGAGUGAGAGGUCACAGCAAGACGACCCACUGGUGCGGGGCCGUGGUUCUGUCGCCUCUGCACGUCCUCACUGCGGCUCACUGCCUCGAGGGCUACAACAAAGGUACUUACGUCGUCCGGGCGGGUGAUUACAAUACCGAUAUCGACGAAGGCACCGAAGUCGAAGCUAACAUCGAGGACUACUACGUGCACGAGGAGUUCCGCAAGGGCCACAGGUACAACAACGACAUAGCUCUGGUGCUGCUGAAGGGACGCGGCCUGGCACUGGGCAGGCACGUGAUGCCGAUCUGUCUGCCGCACGAGAACAUCGAGUACCCGACGAAUCUCAACUGCACGAUAAGCGGCUUCGGCAGCAUCGAGGCUGGCUCGUCGAUGCACUCGAGACAGAUGCGAUUCGGCUGGGUGCCGCUGAUCGACGAGCGCAUCUGCAAGGCCCAGGACGUGUACGGCGCCGCCAUAACCGACGGCAUGAUAUGCGCCGGCCACCUCGAGGGCGGACCCGACACCUGCGACGGCGACUCGGGUGGCCCCUUGGCCUGUCAAUUCAACGGUGCCUUCACGCUGUACGGCUUGACCAGCUGGGGCGAGCAGUGCGGCCGGGCCAAUCGACCGGGCGUCUACGUACGAAUCGCUCACUAUCGCAAGUGGAUCGACCAAAAGAUACGGCAAUCCAUGAUAGGAAGAUGAUCUUGAACGCGCUGCCAUAAAAACAUAAUUCUACAUAUACCCUGUUAAUAAUCGCGAUGAAAAUGAAAAAAAAAGUACAAAAAACUGUUUAGUCUUUGAAAAUACCCGAAUGAGAAUUAUAUGUAUAUUUUUUAUACGAAACCAAAAACAAAACAAAAAGUACAAAAAACAAAUGCAUCGAUUAUGCAAUUGUAUGAUAUUAUUUUUAUUGGCUGUAAUAAUAUUAAAAAUAAUUAGGCAAUCGAUUUGUGUAUCGGAAUAUUAAGAUCGUGAACUGGCUUGCGGCGGUCAGACACCCAAGUCAGCGCACCUCGAUAACGAUCCGCGAUGAAGAGUCAAUAUUUAUAAAUGUGUGUGCGUGUGCGAGUGUACCUGUGUGCUGAUCGGCUUCUUCAUCGUGUUUACCUUUAUCGUUGAAUUGUAGACACUUAUGUAUUUUGGUCCCUCGACUCAUAUUUAUGUAUACUACUUUUACUCAAGAAUUGUAGCGAGUGCAAUACAAAUAUAUGAUAAAAUUAUAUACUCAUAAAAUUUA